AUGAAGAAAAUAAGUUCGUAGAUUCAAUCUCUUAUGAAUAGAAAUAGUUUUUAAGAACCUUCAUUAAGCAAUGAUAUUAAAUCUUCAAGAAGUAAUCCUAAAACAGCUAAGACAGAACGACCUUAAUCUAAAACUAAAAAAAAUGACUUAUUAGAUUAUUUUAAAAAAGAAAGAAAUACAAUUACUUAAAUGGUUCACUCUGUAAGAAAUACUUUAUAAGGAAGCAAAAGCAUUGAUAUUUUACAUACAUAAAGUUAGAAAAGUGAGCGUUAAAAAAAUGGAUAAUUAAAUGUAUUUAUUCUGAUGAAAAUUCUAGUUUAUUGAUUUGAAUGUUUAAAAUGAAGACGGUAAUAAUACAAAAAGGUAAAUACUUAAAUAAAAAAAUUUAUCUCUUGCUAUAAUUUCAUUAGAAGUAUACUUAAUGAGUUUAUUCUUUAUAGAAUCAACUUUUCAAAUAGUCGCAAACUACUAAAUAAUCUUACAAUCAAUCCCCUUAAAAUUAAAUUAAAUCACCGAUAAUAAAAUAAAAAGAUUAAUAUUUAUUUGAUAUGCAAAUAGUAUAACUAUUGAAAUAAUAUAAUGUAGUUAAAAAAUACGAAAAGCUCCUAAGAUGAUUAUUAACAGAAUUCUUAAAUAAAAUAAAAUAAAUAGUCAAUUUUAUCUGAUGAUCCAUCAUAUCAUAGAUAAUCAAUAGAGGAUAUGCUUUAAAAUAAAAAACACUUUAAUCAUGUAUAAACUUAAAAACAAUUUCCUCAUAAAUAAUGUGAAAAUGAAAAAUCUAAAUAAAUUAAUUAAAUUCAUUUUAAAACAGAAAUCUGUUCAUCUUAAAUUUAAUCAAAAUAUUAAAAUGCAGAUGAAACAUUAAAUUAUGAUUAAGAUUAAUAGUUAAAGAUUAUAUUGUAUUAUAAAUAAUAAAAGUAUUGAAUAUUAAUUAUUUAGGUAUCAUUAUUUAUUUAAAUAUUAAACUAAAACUACUGAUGAUUUAUUUAAUUAUUUAAUACAAUAAAUAGCUUGUAUUGAAAAAUAAUUUACAAAAUUAGGAGGAGGUACAGGUUCUACAGAUGGAGAUUCUAUUUAAUAAGGUAUUUUAAAGUUAAUAAUAAUAUAAGAAUUAAAUAAAAUAUGUUAGUUCCAAACAGUAUCAAAGAAUGUACCAUAUGAUUAUUAUUUGACAUUAAAUGAAUUGACAUUAGAUGUUUUUAAAGGAAUUACUCUAUAAAUAUAGCCUUUUUAUUCUUAAACUAUUUAAACAAAAAGAGUAGGAUUAAAAGAUUUUACUUUAAUUAAAUGUAUAGGUGUUGGAGGAUUCUCAAGAGUUUAUAUGGUAAGAAAGAAAGAUAAUGGCAAAUUUUAUGCUUUAAAACUUAUUGACAAAAAAUUUAUAUUUGAAAAUUCAAAAGAAAUCAUUGUGUAAAAUGAAAGAGAUAUUAUGUCUAGAAUGAAUAAUCAAUUUGUUACACCAUUACAUUAUUCAUUUGAAACAAAAUAUUAUAUUGCUUUUGUAUUAGAAUAUUGUGCUGGUGGUGAAUUAUUUUAUCAUCUAAGAAAACUUAAAAGAUUAAAUGAAUAAGAUGCUAAAAUCUAUUUUGCAGAAAUUUGUUUAGGAAUGGCUUAUUUACAUUCUAAAAAUAUUGUUUAUAGAGAUAUAAAACCUGAGAAUAUUCUUUUAGAUUUAUAAGGUCAUUUAUUAUUAAGUGAUUUUGGAUUAUCAAAACCAGAGAUGACACCAGAUGAUUUUGCUUACUCAUUUUGUGGAUCACCUGAAUAUAUGGCUCCAGAAAUGCUAAUGAAAACAGGUCAUAAUUAUUUGGUUGAUUGUUAUUGUUUAGGAGCAUUACUCUAUGAAUUAGUUACAGGAUUACCUCCAUUUUAUUCACAUAAUACAUAAGAUAUUUAUAAUUCAAUUUUAACUGAAUAAAUACAAUUUCCAAAUUAAAUUUAAAUAUCUCCUCUUUUAAAAGAUUUAAUAAAUUCAUUAUUACAAAAAAUACCUGAAGACAGACUUGGACAUUAUAAUGGAAUAAAGGAAAUUUUAAAUCAUAAAUGGUUUUAAGAUGUUGAUUUUGAUGCAGUUUUAAAUAAAAAAGUUAAACCUCCUUAUAAACCCUAUCCUUUGAAAUAUAAUUUUGAUGAAGAUGAAUUUAAUAAAGGAGAUGCUGAAUUUAGAAAGUAAUUUCAAAUUAAUUUACAAAAAGAAUUUUAAGUAUUAUAUAUUAUAAUUUUAAUUUAAGAAUGUUGAUGAUGCCAAUUAUUUAUUAGAUAAUUUCUAUUAUUCAAGAGAUUCUGUAUAUGCAUAAGAAAAAUCAAGAAGAACAAAUGUAGUUAAUCUGAAUCAAUUAUAAAAUUAAGCUCUUAUUGCUGAACCAUUUACAAUAAAUCAAUAAACUAAAAUUUAAUUACCAUAAUCAGAAUCAAAUAAUGAAUAAUUAUUUUAAUAAACUCUUGAAGAAUCAAAACCAAUUAAUGGAACAAAGGGAAAAAGUGACAUAUAAGAUAACUUAAAAAAAUAAGAAAUUAUGACUAAAUCAUCAUAACUUUAGCAUUAAACUGCAAAAUUAGGCCAUACAUAUUCAAAAACUAUGUAAUAAGCAUAAUCAUCACUUUAAGAACUUAAAGUAAUUAUUAUAAUUUAUAUAUUCUUAGCAAAUAAAAUUAUUAAUUGAUUAAUCUAGAGCUUAAUAAACUUCAGAUAGAAUUACUACUAUGCCUGAUUAAAAUAACAAAAAAAUAACAGAAAGAUUUAAAACAGAGUAAUUUGGUAAUUUAGCAUCUCCAAAAACAACUACUGCUAGUUCUUCUUUACAUAAAAUGAGUAAUUUUUAAGCAUUAUUUGGAUCUGAAAAACACAAGAAAAAAUAAUUUUGA